AUGGCUAGCAUCGCUAGAAAAAUCUCUCUCCUUGGGGCUACCGGUGCUCUCGGUUCCCACAUCGCUGGCGCACUGAAAGCCGCUGGCCAUGAUGUGACUGCUGUGCAGCGCAAGGAUUCGACCAAACCUGCACCGGAGGGUCUCAAGAGCGUCAAGGUGGAUUACCAGAACAAAGAGGAAUUGAUCUCGACCUUCACGGGACAGGAUGUCGUCAUUAGUGCUGUGCCUUUCCCUACGCUUGACUCGGAGAAAACUAUAAUCGAUGCUUGCAUUGCUGCAUCGGUCAAGCGCUUCAUGCCGUCCGAAUACACCACUAUGCUCGAGUCCCCCUUCGCCAUCAAUUUACCUAUUGCCAAGGAGAAGGUUCUGGUCCGUCAAUACCUUUCCUCCGUCAUAACCAGUGCCUCCAGCCCCACCACCUGGACCUCGGUCAACACUGGCGCCUUUUUGGAUAUGGCCCUCAAGUAUGGUGUCCUGGGGCCCAACCCCAUGUCCAAGAAGGCCAUAUUCCAUGACGGAGGCGACAAAGUGAUUGCUGUCUCGCUCCUGUCCGAUAUCGCCACGGCGAUUGUCAAACUGCUCGAAACCGACAGCAAGUUCGAGGCUGCCGCCAAUCAACCUGUCUAUGUCUGCUCAGCUGCUGUUACUGAGCGCCGCCUCACGAAGAUUGUUUCGGAAGUCACCGGUAUUGAUUUUGGCACCCCGGAACAAGUAUCAGUCAAGGAGCUCAUCGAGGCGUCGGACGAGCGGCUGAAGAAUGGUGAUCAGUCCGCUAUCAUCAACUACUAUUUCCAGAUGAUGUAUGGAGAGGGAUACAAGGGUGGAGAUUUUAUGAAGUUUAACUGGAACGAAAGAUUGGGUCUGCGGAUUAUGUCCGAGCAGGAGCUCAAGAGUGCCAUUCAACAGAUUCUCGGUAACUAG